AACAUCAAUGACGCAUUAGGAUCUGCUAUAAAAGGUCUGCUGGACGACGAAGAGAGUAUUCAGUUUCUCGUCAGUGAAUACAUCAUGAAAAGUAUCAUCUGCUUGGCGCUUUUGGUUGCGGCCGUUUCGGGUUUUGGUAUUGAACGGAGGAUGCAAGGUGAUGACCCACGUAAAAGCCACCACCACUUUUACUAUGGGGAUGUUCACCACCAUCAUCGUUUUGAAGAUCAUCAUGGUCAAAAAAGUCACCACGAAGACUCUGACCAUAGUAGCGAGGAACAUCACAGUGGAGAAGAUAAAGAGUCUAAGCAUGAUGAUCAUAAAGAUGAUGUGUUCUAUUUCGCUGUUGGAGAUGCCUUUGGGGCUUAUGAAUUCAUAGAUGAUAAAGGUGCCCUGAAGGGAUUCCACCCUGACCUUAUAGAAGCACUUUGUGCAAAGCUUGGUUACAAGUGCGCCUGGGUGAUGGACAAGUACAGUCGUUGCUGGGAGACAGAUGGAGACUAUGAAUAUCCAGGUGUCGGCAUGAAUGCUGAUUGGUACACCGCCUGUAUGGGCUACUGGCCAUACCCAAGACGUCUCAACUCCUUCAACUUUACCCUGUCCUACACCAAAGUUGAACCAGCCAAUGUGUUCUGGCUUGAAUCUCGCAGCGAAGAUUUCCAAACAGAUGAUAUAAAGGGUCUCAAUGUAGGAUUCAUUGACGGAUGGUCGACAAGCAAGCAUUGUCUAGCUAGGGAGACUGGCACAAGCAUUGAAGAUUUUACACCUCAUCUCUUUGACAACCACCAUGACAUGAUAGCUGCUCUACGCAAGGGAAAGAUUGACAUUUUCCUCAGUGGACACCACGCAUUCAAGGUCCCAGAUGACCUUCACGAGGGCAACGACUUCAAUUGCAACUACAACAAUAGAGGAGCUGCCUUUAUGUUGAAAUAUGGCCAUCCCGCAAUUGAUGUGAUCAACAAGGGAUUGGAAAUGAUGUACAAUGACGGAUCUUACCACAAACUCUGCAAAGAGGCAAAUGAAAAAUAUGGAGACCAUGGCGAAAUACACUGCAUCGACUAAACUACCAACACUAUUGGACACUACUCAAGAAUUUGAUGUGAUAAUCAAGAAGAUGCUAUAAUAUAUUAUUCAGACUUUAUGAGACUCCCAAUGCCCACAUUCAAAUAGCAUUCACAAAGUUUUGGAUCGAAAGAGACUUAACUCGUACAACCGUGGUGUUGUGUUUGUCGAACAGAGCCACUCCGACCAAGCCCCACUGUAUCAUUAUUAGACUCCAGAUAGAAAUCUUGAGUCUAUUGCUUUUGCCAGUUUUCUUAUUCUUUAUUUCUUUCUUUCUUUC